AUGCUACGCGCCUCCCGCGGUUUGUGGGCGGCGGCGGCGGCCCCCACCUCCGCCGACGUUGCCGCCGCCCUCCGCGUGUUGGGGCUUGACGCCAGCAACCCGCAGCACGUCACCGGGGAGCGGGUGCGGGCGCAGUACCUCCACCUCGCCCGACUGCACCACCCCGACCUGAGCAGCGGCGACGACCAAAAAAUGAAGGUCGUCAACACGGCGUACGAGGUGCUGCAGACGAGUGGCGCGCUCAGCACGCUCGCCACCGGCGCAAAGGCCGGGCAGGUUGCGCAGGCGAGGCCGCAGGGCGACGGCGCAAGCGCGGCACGGUUCACACCCAAGGCGAAGCUGCGACGGCGCCGGGUGCCGGAUGACUUUGCGGACGGCGACACAUGGAGCAUGAAGUCCACGCUGGAGUGGGAAACGCUGAUGAACUCCAACUUUGGCCUAAACUGCGUGAGCGAAGAGGAAUUGAAGAACCCCGCAAACCACCCCUUCAGCCAUAGCAAGUUCUUCACCUUUGAAGAUGACACCGCCAUCUACCGCAUGAUCCGCGGCGGGGCGACAGUCAGGCAGGUGGCUCGCACCCUCGGGAAGUCACCCACCUUUGUAGAAAGGCGGCUUCAUAACGCGCAGUUUAAGCAGCGAAUUCAGUACGUUCUGCGCCACGAAAGACGACGUCGUCAGGGGCAAGGGGAGCAACAGCAGCAGCAGGGUGGGUCUCACGGUGGGAAACAGGCUUCAAACUCGGGAGGCGUCAAGAAGACGGAGCGUGCCUUCGGUGCAUCGGACGCCUUUCAUACGCUGACGCGGGAACGGCAGCAGCAGCAGAGGCUAGGACACAAACAACGGCCUUUUGCCGAGGAGAACCGACGGAAGAAGGAGUGGGAGCCGACCAUUCCGAAUUUUGAGUCCCCUGCCUUCUUUGCCGAGAUGAGCCUGGAGGAAAAAGGGGCACAUGCCGGAUUGUUGCGGGAAGAGCAGCGCCAGCAACAGGUUCCACUCUCCUGGACACGAGCCGCAUCGAAAGUAGGGCAGUCCUACGCGAACUACACACGAUUUGCAGGAAAGCCGGCGAGGAAGCCGUAG